AAUUAAAAAAAAAAAUUAAACUCAACUCAUUUUGCGAACUAUUGGAUAAAUUGAGUAAGAAAUGUAUGUGAGUAAAAUGCUGAUCGACGAAAAAUUCAUUUCCAUGCUCAUAUGUGUGUUUAUAUACAAAAUUUUGUUCAUUGUUGUUGGUUCAUGAUAUUAAAUAACAAAGUGUUCUAACUUGUAAGCAGUUUCUUGUUCCCCUAUUAAUCUAUUAACAAGCGUCACAAUAGAGAGUCGACGGGUAAUAUGUACAUACAUAUGUCUAUACAUAUUUAUAUGUAUCGACUUGAUUUGAGCCAAGUGAAUAGUUUGAGUCGAAAAAAUUUCUGUCAAUUUGCUACGUCGUGGUAAAGUGGAAUUAUAGUUUUCUGGUGUUGGUUGCCUUGUGAAUUUGUGGAUAAAAUUUGACGACUGUUUGUUUUUAGGUUGUGAUAAAUGGCAGACAUUGAAAUAAGUCAUGAGGCAAAAAUCAUCGAUGGCAAGGCUAUUGCAGAUAAAAUUAAGAAUGAGCUCAAGGAAAAGAUUUCGGAUUAUGUAGCACAGGGGAAUCGUGCACCAAGGCUAACCGCUAUUUUAGUUGGCACGAAUCCAGCUAGCCAGACAUAUGUAAAAAAUAAGAUGCUCGCUGCUAAAACCGUUGGUAUAAUUAGCAACACAAUUGAAUUGCCCGACACCACCAGCCAGGAGGAGCUUUUAGAGUACAUUAGGAAGUUAAAUGACGAUACGACUGUUGAUGGUAUCCUAGUGCAGUUACCUGUACCGGAUCACAUUGAUGAGCACACCAUUUGUAAUGCUGUGGCACCUUCGAAAGACGUUGAUGGUUUUAACGAGAUAAAUGUCGGCCGCUUAGCACUUGAUAUGAAGAGCAUUGUACCAGCAACACCAUUGGGUGUUUAUGAAUUGUUACGACGCACCGAAAUACCUACAUUCGGAAAGAAUGUAGUAGUAAUUGGACGUUCCAAGAAUGUCGGCAUGCCAACAGCGAUGCUGUUACAUACAGAUGGUCGACAUGUGGCCAAGGGAAUGGAUGCCACAGUAACUAUAUGUCAUCGCAAUACACCACCUGAGCAACUUAAGAAACAUUGUCAGAAUGCUGAUAUAAUAAUAACAGCUGUUGGCAAACCAGGACUUGUGCGCCGUGAUAUGGUUAAGGCUGGUGCUUGUAUCAUAGAUAUUGGUAUAACACGUAUACCAGGUAAAGAGCUCGGUAAAACCAAGCUUGUCGGUGAUGUCGAUUAUGAAGAAGUGCGUAAAGUGGCUGGCCACAUAACACCGGUGCCAGGCGGAGUUGGACCCAUGACGGUUGCGAUGUUAAUGAGCAACACCUUUAUGGUAGCACAGACGCUCGCUAAGACGAAACUUACUAAUGGUUUCGGCAGUGAUUAGGCUCUUCGCCUAUAUAUUAGCAUCAUCUACUAUGUAAUUAAUAUACUAUAUAUCAAAAGAUACAUAUAAUAUAUGUAGUCAUAAGAUAUAUGAUAUGUAUAAUAAAGAAACAUUUAUUUAUACAGACA